GAAACAUUAAAACAACGCCGAACACUGAAGAAGAAAAAGCUAAAACGCCAAGAAAAUGAGGCGCAAGAAGAAGGUGACCUGUAGUCCAGUACUACCAAUUUACCAAACGGAAAGAGGAAGAAGAAGAAGAUAAACAAGGAUAUGUCAAUGUUGUCAUACGAUGGAGCUCGUAUACCAUGAAAAGAUGGGUUACUAUGUGGGCAACACUGUCUCAAUAACCUUUUGCAAGGACAGUAUUUCACAGCUGUUGACCUAGCAGACAUUGCGCAGCAAAUGGAUCAGGCCGAACAGCAACAUAUGGCUGAACUAGGAAGGCACACUGAUGAUUAUAGGAGAUUCAUGGAGCAACCCUCUGUAAACAUGGAUGAUAGCGGAAUGUUCAGCAUUCAAGUCCUUACCUCAGCCCUCCGUGUAUGGGAUUUAACCUUAAUACCUUUCGCUUCAUCACACGCAUUGGCAAAAGCUGCUCGUGGCAAUCCUACAGAUCAGCAAGCUUAUGUGUGCAACUUCAAAGAACACUGGUUCACAGUCAGAAAGCUUGGAUACCAGUGGUUCAACUUGAACAGUCUGCUCUCCUUCCCAGAGCUAAUAUCUGAUACAUAUUUGUCACUGUUUUUGACUCAGUUACAGCAUGAAGGUUACUCCAUAUUCCUAGUAGAGGGUAAAUUGCCUGAGUCAGAAGCAGACGAGACACUGCGAUUACAACCAGCUGUUCAGACGGUCAAACCAAAGCUCCUUCCAGAGUUGGCUGAGGAGGCAAAGAGCAAUCAGGAAGAAAAAGAUCUCAAAGUUGCUCUGGCCAAUAGUCUAGCUAAUGUUGCCGCUUCAUCCAGCCAGCAAACACCUGAUAGCGAUGAUUUAGUAGCAGCAAUUAACUUGUCAUUACAGUAUUCAGAUUCACCGGUUAAACAUAACAUUGUAUUGUCAUUGUUGUGA